CUUAACCCACUAAGCCACAGCAGGAGCUUCCUAUGUCUGGGAAUUUAAAGAGAGGCCUUGGGAAAUAGGUAGAGAAAGGCCAGAGAGCAAGGUGGGGCUGAGGACCCCAUUGAAAACAUUCCAGUAGUGAUCCUGGGAUUUUAGGAAAGAAGAGAGAGACCUGGUAAAGGGGUCGGGUGCCAGAAGUCGGGCAGAGUGAGGAAGGCGUCAAGGAGCUGGGGCCCCUGAGAAGACACAGUCAGGUCCGGCCAGGGAAGGUGGUCAGGGAGAAGGGUUAGGAGGCCCAGCAGUGAAGGGGUUCAGAGAGAAUAGAGCAGGAAGAGAGGAUGGCAUAUCUUUGGUCCUGUGGCUAAAGCCUGAGGCACCGCUGACUAGUGCCACUUCAGGACACAGUUGGGGGGAGCUGGUGUGCUGAGUGGAAGUGACUGAACCUCUGCCCCCAGUACUGCUGUUAAGUAAGAAGCUGGUGCUCAGGAGCUGUGUAGUCAAAUCACAAGGCAGGGAACAGAGGGGUGUCCUGGGGGACAAAGGCAGUAUGAGCAAGAGAUCCAUGUUUUUGAGGCUGGGAGUGUCUAUCUACAGCCAGCCCCCUUCACAACCCCAUUCUGAACUAGUUAGUGGAGCAGGGACCCUGGAGCUGGAGGAGGGGCUUGCCCAGCUCCUUGCAUUCCAGGCUAGGGUCAAGGCGAACAGCUUCAGAGAUAGAAAGCCAAGGGUCAGCAGAUGUGAGAACCCACUACCUUCCUCUCUGCCCUAGUUGAUCUGUGCCUAGAGAGUUUGAUCCUUGAGCCUACCCACACAGUGCCCUGGAGGAGGGGAAGCCAUGCUGCAGAGGGUGAAACCAAGGCCAGAGGUGGCCUAGGGUCCUGUGGGUACUGAGCAAGAUGGAGCUGAUCUGAGCUAUUUUGGGUUCCAUCCCUGGUCCUCAGCCCUGCUCAAGUAGGAAGCAUAUGUGAGCAGCCCUAAGGGACAUGGCUUCUCCCUGCUCUCCCCUUUCUGGGCCACCUCCCCCUGCAGGCUGACUUCUCCACCUCCUACACCUCCUCUGAGCAGGACCUCUUCAGGGUCUUGCUCAUUUCCGGUGAUUGGCCUUAAGUUUGGCAGCCACAGCCCAGAGCUGAGUUAACCUGAGCAAGGAUCCUGCCGCCCGCCUACCUGCUGCCUGCCUUGCUGUGAUGCAUCCUGUGGGGAUGACUCUGUUACUACUUCAUUUUACGGAGUUGUGGGCUGUGGCUUGGAGCUGUGAAUGUUUGCCUGAGCUCCUAUACGACAGCCCCAAGGCCCGGCAGGAGGUGGACCACCAUUGGCAGGCCUCCGGCGGCCCCCACAUUGUGAGCAUCCUGGAUGUGUAUGAGAACAUGCAUCACAACAAACGCUGUCUCCUCAUCGUCAUGGAAUGCAUGGAAGGUGGUGAGUUGUUUAGCAGGAUUCAGGAGCGCGGUGACCAGGCUUUCACUGAGAGAGAAGCUGCAGAGAUCAUGCGGGAUAUUGGCACUGCCAUCCAAUUUCUGCACAGCCGGAACAUUGCCCACCGAGAUGUCAAGCCGGAAAACCUGCUCUACACGUCCAAGGAGAAAGAUGCGGUGCUCAAGCUCACUGACUUUGGCUUUGCCAAAGAGACCACUCAAAAUGCCCUGCAGACUCCGUGCUACACUCCCUAUUAUGUGGCUCCUGAGGUCCUGGGUCCAGAGAAGUAUGACAAAUCAUGUGACAUGUGGUCCCUGGGCGUCAUCAUGUAUAUCCUCCUGUGCGGCUUCCCGCCCUUCUACUCCAACACGGGCCAGGCCAUCUCCCCAGGGAUGAAGAGGAGGAUCCGCCUGGGCCAGUAUGGCUUCCCUAAUCCUGAGUGGUCAGCGGUCUCUGAGGAUGCUAAGCAGCUGAUCCGCCUCCUGCUGAAGACAGACCCCACGGAGAGGCUGACCAUCUCACAAUUCAUGAACCAUCCCUGGAUCAACCAAUCAAUGGUGGUGCCGCAGACUCCACUCUACACGGCCCGAGUGCUGCAGGAGGACAAAGACCACUGGGAUGAAGUCAAGGAGGAAAUGACCAGUGCCCUGGCAACCAUGCGGGUGGACUAUGACCAGGUGAAGAUCAAGGACCUGAAGACCUCGAACAACCGGCUCCUCAACAAGCGGAGGAAGAAGCAGGCAGGCAGCUCCUCAGCCUCACAGGGCUGCAACAACCAGUAGCUCAUGUGGCCUUGGAGGGGCCAGGCCUCUCAUCCUGGAGGACACACUGGACCCCCAGAGGGCCCAGAGUCAUUUUUUUUAACAGAAGGAUUAUUUUGAUGUGUUUUAAUCUGUCACUCGGAACUUCAGGAUAAGGGAACGUGACCUCCAUCCUUCAGAGUCCCUGCUUAGGUUCAGGCCCUAGAGAAGGGUCAAAGCCUGGGGGUAGGGAGCCACCAGCUACCGCUGCAGUGCCUUUGACCAGAGCCUGAAUGAACUGUGGCUCUGUCCUGCCCUGGGCAUGGCCUUAGACUUCUAGGCCACUGGGAGUUGUGGCUGGGCUUCCCUCCUUCCAUGGAAACAGCUCCCUGUAGGGUGGGCAGAUGGGCCUGGCCUUGGGAAAGACAUCCGGCUGCUGGUUGUCAUGGUGACCAGGGACCGAAUUGCUGUCUCUGAAUGCUGAGUGAGUAAGCAAGGGAGGGAGAAGGGGCAAUUGAGGGUCUGCCUGCCUUCUUGGGGAGGCUUCUCUCCUUCGUGCUGCUUGCCCCUCUCAGGCUCACCCUUCUUUGGUUUCCCCGAGGCCGCAGAGCCAGUCUGCCAGCUGCCCAGAGUGGUCCAGCCCUGACUUGCUGCAACCCCAUUGCACAGGGCCCUGGGAAUUCUCCUUCCACAGAGUCCCUGGGCCCAGACGUCCUGUUACUGCCUUCUACCCAAAGAGUGGCCUCUCAUCUCAACAGGGUGGGAGGUAUUUUUUAACUGUUUUUUACUUUGGAAAAUGUCACUGUGACACAAGCCAGUACGGUUACCCUGCCCCCACCUGCUCACCAGAUCCCAGGCAGGAAAGCCUCUUCUUAACAGUUCAUCCACUCUUCUGUCCUGGUUGAUAACCAGGGUUGUCUCUUGGUGCACUUUUGUGAGAGUGGAUGAUUGGGGGCAGGGCCAAGAGGCCCCCUGUUAAUCAGGGGUCUCUUUCUAUACCCCAGAUCUGACGCAAGGCAGCGGAGAGCUGCUGUGUGAUCCUUCGAGGGUCUGGUCCUAAUUUUGGCCUCAGUCAGAGCAGAGGGCCCCUUCCAUGCUGGUCCAGGCUCAUCCACCCCACACUGCCCAGACAGCCUCAGGGUGCUGAAUGCCUGAUCUAGGCCUGGCAAGUGCCUGAUACCCUAGCCUGGUUCCUGAUUCCUGACCCUUCUUGCACUGGCUGGGAAACCCUAGGCCACAUCAGACAGGACAACAAUGCUGGGUUUUACAUACAGGUAUUAAUAAAAAUAGUUUGGCAUUUUC